CCCAAGCCACAGCAGUAAUGACACCAGAUCCAUAACCCACUAGGCCACCAGGGAACUCCUACCUUUUUAUUUUUCACAUUCUGUACUUUUACCAUGAGGCACCCAAUGUGGAUUUAUCUUUAGUGACAUUGUUCAAAAUGUACAAUAUUCUUCUGAUAUAAGAACUUUGAUUCUGAAAAAUUCUCAGUUAUUUCUUUUCAAAAAUCGCUUUUCUGCCUGUCCCUUCAUUUUUUCCUCUUAAACUGGUAUUAGAUCAUGGAGUUGCUUAACCUGUUUUCUAUUUCCUUUAACUGCUUUUUAAAAUAACUUUUUUUGUUUCUUUGUCUUUUUAUAUUGUUUUUGGGUCAGUUCCUCUGAAUGAUGCUUCAAUUUGCUGAUUAUGUAUUUAACCAAAUCCAAAUCCGGUUGAAAUUCAUUUGAGAAAUUUGUAUCUUCCUCACUUUUUAUGACUCAAAGCAAGCCUACUCCAGUGCAUUUCAUAUAGAAGUUAUACAAAAAGCAUUUGCUGAUUAAAUAAAUGUAGAAAACAUUUUAUACAUUUGAUUAUUUCAUUUCUUGUCUAUGGCUAUAUAACUUUAUUAACUACCCAAAUAUUACAUUUUCGUAAAUAAAAAGAUACUGUAUCAACACACUUGUAACUUAGUUUUUAAAGUAACACAUUAUUAUAUCAUAUUCCGUCAACACAAACACAUUUUUGUGCAAAGUUUGAAUGUUUUGUUGUGAUUUGGCUUGAGUGGUAUACAAGCCUGGUUCUUUUCUUUUGGGAAAGCUUCUGGGAUCUUCUGGAAGAACUCUGAGGUUAUGGAUGCUCCAAACAGCCCUAAAUUUUGGAUUGCUCUAGUAUUAGAAAAUUUCCAUUAUUCUUUAUGCCAUAAUUUCACAUUAACCAAAUCCUGAACCAGUACAAAGGUACGAAUGGUCUCUGUUUUGCUUCUAGUACUUUAUUUGCUGGUGCUGAACAUUUUGUGUCAUAUAAAGCAGCACAUAGAAAAACGACAGCACAUUUUGCGUCAUAUAAAGCAGCACAUAGAAAACCUGCUUUGCAAGCAGGUUACCCUCUUUUUCAUGGAAAGAUGCACUGAAGUAGUUUCCUCCAUCACUCACACCAGAUGAAUCUCUCCCUCAGGUCCCUUCAGCUGUAGUUUGAAGUGCAUUUAUUAGCUCAGGAUUCACAAAGAACACAAGGAAAGAUGCUAGAAUCCUUUCAACAUGUAAGGCUGUUGGGUUGCUUGACACAACCAGUUAAAGCAGUAAGAUCCCAUAAAAUGGUAAUAGCUUGUGGAGUCUGAUGAUCAGAAAGGGCGACGGGCUGAUUUGGGGAAGAGCUUCCCAACCAUGAGCCCAACUCUCAGCAAUAUUAUAUCUUCCCUGCAAAGAAGCGGGACCUUUAUCAAUUCUUUAAUUGCUGCUUUGACCAUUGGUGGGCAGCAACUCUUCUCCUCUUUCACAUUCAGCUGUCCCUGUCAGGUUGGGAAAAACUUCUAUUAUGGUUCUGCUUUUCUGGUCAUUCCUGCCUUAAUCCUUCUGGUUGCUGGCUUUGCUUUGAGAAGCCAGACGUGGACAAUAACCAGUGAAUACUGUUGCAGCUGUUUUCCUCCACCCCGAAGAAUCAGCCGCCUGGAGCGCAAGCUGGCUUGCCUUCAGUUCUUCAGCAUCACCGGGAGGGCGCUUGUUGCUCCAUUAACGUGGCUGGCGGUGACCCUGCUGACAGGUACCUAUUACGAAUGUGCAGCAAGUGAAUUCACCUCUGUGGACCAUUACCCAGCGUUGGACAAUCUCAGUGCUAGCAAACGGGAAGAGAUCCUAGCUGGAUUUCCAUGCUGCAAACCAGCUCCACCUGACCUGGUCGUGAUCCGAGAUGAAGUAGCUCUUCUGCACAGAUACCAAUCACAAAUGCUGGGCUGGAUUUUGAUCGCCUUGGCAACCAUCACGGUCCUCAUCUCCUGCUCUUUGGCGAGGUGCUGCUCUCCGCUCACGGCUCUGCAGCAUCGCUACUGGACCAACCACCUCCACAAUGAGCAGGAGCUCUUUGAACAAGCAGCUGCCCAGCACUCGAGGCUCCUCAUCAUGCAGCGUAUAAAGAAGCUAUUUGGCUUCAUUCCCGGAAAUGAAGAUGUCACACGCAUCCGUAUUCCCUCGUGCCAGGACUGGAGAGACAUUUCAGUACCCAGUUUUCUCUGUGUGGGUGAUGACUUGCAAGGUCACUAUAGCUUCCUUGGAAACAGGGUAGAUGAGGAGAAUGAGGAAAGCAGGUCAGGGGGUAUUGAAUUAAAACCUUAAUCAUAGCGCCUUUCGCAAUUCGGGUUGCUUAGCUCAUGCUUUCUUUUUAUGGUGAUGGCGUUUCAGUGUAAUCGCCUUAUCAUUCUUACUCGCCUCUGAUAUUUGUUUACAUAAGUCCUUCCUAAAUGCUCUUUGCAAAAUCAAUUUAUCUGAUAAUUGUGCCACUCUCCUUUUGAAAUUUCACUGAUGAUCUGAUAAUAUCUAUAUCAUUCUGGUUAAAAAGUAUAAACGAAGGUAAUAGAACAUUUAAAUCUUAGUGGCUGUUACUUAGCUAUGCAAAAAUUAAUCUCUUUUGUUAUCUGCACACAGUAGCUACCUCAGAGCUGUUGUGAGUAUAUAUGUGAUCAUUAAAUGUGAUAAUGUAAGCUAAGUACUAAGCACAGUGCCUUUCAUAAAAUAAGGGCUAAUAAAUGUUACUUUCACUCU